UGUGCUGAGGCACUUUCACCAACAAAAUCUUACUUCACGCUAUUGUUUCGCAGUUCAUUAGUGAUAAUUUUUUGACGCUGCAGUCAACAGUUUUCAGCACUGGUCAGAGGCAAAGUAUCGAUGUAUGAAACCAACAUGUACCCAUAAUUCACCACUUCACUAAUUUUCAGGAUAAAACUGAAUAACCAGCACUCCGUAGCUUGAGUAGUGAAACUUUUUUAUUGCUGAAUCUCUUAGGCUUAAGUUAAUAUUUUAUCUGCUUAGAAUUUUGCUGCUUUUUAUGAAAUUUUUGAAAGAGUAAUGGUACACUAAACAGAUCAACUCUGGACUAAACCUCUCUAUUAUUUGGCUUGCUAUCAUUCAAUAGCGGCAUUCUUAACCUUGCAAUUUUGAGUAUCAGGCUUCCCAUGUCUUUCAUGCUGUAAUUCAAUUUUGAGUCCUUUCUUGCUUUCUUAGAUUUAGAAGAAUAACCUGCUUGGGAACUUUUCAGUUUCUGAUGUCUUCUCUUGUUUAUUGAAGAUAUGCUUUUGCCUCCUCUAAUUUUUAAAUUUUUUACUGUAUAUAAUUAGCAUUUUGUACAGAAUGUAUCUUCAGUUUUUCUUUGAGUACUUGGGGAGGUUUUGCUCAAUUCAUGGAAUUUUAUCUUCUGCUACAAUUUUUCUUCGUAAAUCAUUACUGCAUAAGUGAACGAGCGGAGAAGUUUCAUACUUUGAAAAAGUACUUUAACAGAAAAUUUGUUGGGCCAACUUACCUGGCAUGUUGGGGUGUUUUCAAAAUUGUUUUGGCUUACCUAGUACUUUUUUUUUUAUUGGAGAAGAGGUCGGUAGAAUUGCUUAAGUCAGAGUUGCCUCUGCUGGGAAACUUCAGUGAAUUGUUGAAUAACACAAGGAAUUCCUCCCCCCCCCUCUCCAUAGAAGCCUACUUUUGAAAGAGGUAAAGAAGUAGCCAAUUAAAGUAGUAGUAGUGUGUUCCAAAUUUCAGUAUUAUGCAUGAAAAUCCUCUGCAAAUCACGAUUAUGAGUAAUGAAAUUACCUUGUCUCACAGUGUGUGCACAUCAUUUUGACAUAGACGGUGGCAUGUAUCACUAAAUGGAUGUGCGGAAUGUGUCUGAUUUUGUGCAUUAUUUUAAUUCAAUAUUACAUAUUCAUAUAUCAUAUAUCAUAUAAUAUUACAUAUUCAAAUAUAGCAUACGCAUGUAGUUUGUAAAAUGGUCAUGUGAGGCAGCUAACAUUCCUUUCUCUCAUUGCGCUUCCUCAUUGAAUAAUUUGCAAACACAUGAAAAACUCCAAGAAAAUAGUCUUCAACUGAGAGGCAACCCUGCAUAAUUUUUCAGUAACUUUUUCUCGGGAAAGUGUACUUAAAUGAUACAAAUUUACAAGUGAAGGUGGGCAACAGAUUUUGGGUGACAAACUAAAAUAUCGACCCUACUUAAAAAACAGGAAUAGUUAGCCAGCUUGCCUAUUAUUAGUCCAAAAUUGCGCUAACGUUCAGUCGAUUACCUUAUUUUUAUAAUUUUUAAGAAAGAUAAAAAGAAAAAAUUUGAUUGUUUACCCGAAACUUAAACGUAAUAUCCGCCUUACAGUAGUCAUAAACAGAGAAAAAACUUGAUCUGCCUCAAGAAGUUUGCAAGAGGGUAGUCUGUCUGUCUGCUUUUGUCAGCUGAAACCGUUCAACUUUUCAUACAUGGGACAAUAAAGUUGUGAGACUUAAUCACCACCUUCCAUGAACAAGUUUUGGUGCCUUGCCACUAAAGAACCUACCAAAUUGUUAAAGAUAUGUUGGGGUUGAAAGGUUAGUACAUUGUUACUUAAUUCCUAUUUUCUGUUUCUUUUAGUCUAGAUCCAAAAGCUCUCACAACAAAUUGUGGACUUUAGUAUCGUACGAAAGUGAAGAAGGGGUAGUGUUUGAUGCCAUCCCAAAUAGCUGGAUAAAAGCAACAAAAGACGAAAUAUUUUAUCCCCAGGGAACAAAAGCAGAGAUCAACUCCCUGGCGAAAAAGUGCAUCAAAGGAAAAGAGGGAUCGUGGACUUCCCUUAAGCUCAAAGCAAUCAUAAAAGAAAAUUAUAGUAAGUAUUACUUAAAGUAUUCUUUGCUUGCCUUUCUUUCAGGUGAAAGUCUCAGGGUUAUUGGUAGUCGAAAACGUGAUACUGUAGCUUGUUUAUUUCAGAGUGGUAGAAAUUUUGCACACUCAUAUUUUCAUCCUUGCUAAAAAAAAAUGAUAAUACCAAUUACAGUCAACUCUGUCCUGUCGAUCAAGAAAUUGCUCAAUAUCUCUUGGUGAAGAAAUCAGGACAGCCUGUCCAGGAAUUUUUCGUCUAUUAUUGGGAGAACUUUCUCCCUAUAAAGUACACCUUUUCUUGGUGGUCUCCAUUCCCCUUCUUGUCGUUCCUGCAGUAAAAACGCUCCUGACUCUGUUGCAGCUGAUUUUGAGCAAUGCUGUGUGGAUAUGAUUAGGAAAACAAAAGAGAGAAAGCUAGCGCAGGAGAGUGCUGAUGAGCGCGGCCCCUCUCGGAAGAAGAAACAAAUUUAUGAUGUUUCCUCAUGGCUAUUAAGUAAUGAAGCUGAUGGACACAAGAAACGAAAAACUGAUGGAAACGCUCAAACCAACGAACCAACCAUGCCGUUACCCCAUAGUAGCUCCAAAGAGACAGCUGAUGGACUCAAGAAACGAAAAACUGAUGGAAACGCUCAAACCGACGAACCAACCAUGCCGUUACCCCAUAGUAGCUCCAAAGAGACAGCUGAUGGACUCAAGAAACGAAAAACUGAUGGAAAUGCUCAAACCAACAAACCAACCAUGCCGUUACCCCAUAGUAGCUCCAAAGAGACAAACAGCACUUGCAGCAGCAGCAGUAAAAGCAAACAUAAGUCACGCUCCAGGAGUGAAUCCACAGGGCCUAAAAUAACGACUCAAAAGUCUUCUGAAGAAAUUCCUAUAGCUACAAGCAGGGAAAAUGUGGAAAAAAAUUUACCACACAAGGUGUCAGCCUCACAUAGCUCCAAGCCGUCUACAGUUGAUUUGAUUGGAACUAAUAGUAGCGUUGGUACUAAACCAAUGGAUAAUCCAUCCGCUUGUCCGGCUCCUCUUGAAACGCAUGAUUGUGCAUGCAAAAUGGUGCCUCCAAUUAGUGACCCCAGCUUAGCACGCUAUUUGUGCUUAAAAUCAUGUUCAGAUGAGAAGAAACGGGUUAGUUCCACGACCGGCUUGCAACAAAGUAAUGAAGCAACUCAACCUCCAGUUCAACGCCGGGUCGUUGACCAAACUUUAGUGGACUCCUCACUAGUCGAGGACCUUCCUUUGAAUAGUAAUCGUGAAUUAAACAAACUGAACAAAAAUCUCAAGGAGGAGGAAUUUGAAAAUAAAUUUUUUGCAACAUUUGUGGAGGAAAAACUCAAAAAGGCACUUGCCUACCCAAACUAUACAGCAAGAAGAGUCAUGGAAAACCUUAUAUCGAUGAAAAAAGCAGGACAGUUUACAUGGGAUGGGAAACCAAGGAACGGGAUUAAAAAACUUCCGUUUAAGCAAACUCGCCUAUGCAAACUUAUGUUUGAUAUAACUCAGUACCUGCAUCAUCCAAACAACAUAGACAAAGAUGGAGUGGCAUACUCUGUUGGCCAGUGGUUUUCACAGCAGGCGAGGAAAUCCGAGAAGCAGACAUCGACUGCCAGUGAGGUGGCGGAAGUGGAAAUCUUGAGCUCAAGUGAGAGUGAGAACGGCAGCGACAGCAGCAGCAGCGACAGUAGUGGCAGCGGUACUGGCAGCGGUACUGGCAGCCAUCGCUCCUCUCAUAAGAGCACCCCUCGCGACGGCUCGGAACGCAGCGACAGCAGCAGCGACAGUAGUGGCAGCGGUACUGGCAGCCAUCGCUCCUCUCAUAAGAGCACCCCUCGCGACGGCUCGGAACAGAGGACACCGCCGACUGACCAGUCAAAAGAGAAUUCCUCAACUCACGAUGAUGCAGGGAGCCCAGUUGCCCCUGAAUAGGCUGAAGGAUUUAAAAUUAAAUCUCUAAUGUCAUUUCUAUUUGAUUCUAUUAUUUGACUGUAUUAUUCUUCUUUGAUUCUAUUA